AUGGAUUUGUCAACUUUGGACCACAAACUCAAAAAUGAUUCACAACGUUUCGACAAAGACAACAAUAACGAUGAAGCAAGGUCUCGAAACAGAGCUGCCAUGGAAGCUUUUGCUGCGAAGCUCUUCGCCACCAUUUCAGUUGUCAAAGCCGCUUACGCGGAGCUACAAAUGGCUCAGUUUCCUUACAACUGCGAAGCGAUUCAGUCUGUUGAUAAAGCUGUGGUGUCCGAAUUAAAAUCUUUGUCUGAGUUGAAACAGAGCUUCUUGAAGAAACAGCUCGGUUCUUCGCUCCCUCAUGUGACUAUGUUGCUUGUAGAGAUUCAAGAGCAACAGAGUCUCAUGAAGAUGUUCGACAUUACGAUGAACAAAGUAAGGCCCGAAUUAGAUACCAAAGAAAGCGCCUCAAAUCCAUUUUUUGAUGAAUUCCUAUUGGAAUUGGAAUUGGAAUGA